AUGGCUUCCGUACCUCUUACCCGCCAGGCCGCUCAGGCUCUGGACUCGCAAUACCCCUCACACGCCCACCUCUUUGCCAUCCCGACCCUCGCAUCCCUCGGCUUGACCAAACCAACUUCAGGAACUCAAGACUCGUCUUCUCCAUCAAUUUAUUUUUGCGGAAACUCGCUUGGUCUUAUGCCUAAAGCUACACGCGCUGCUGUCGAUGCCGAACUCAAUGCCUGGGCUGCACGCGGUGUAGUUGCACAUUUUCGUCGUAAUGACGCGACCGGCGACGGCCUUGAACCCUGGGUCUCCAUCGAUAAACCUCUGGCUCCACUUUUGGCCGCUGUAGUUGGUGCUGAUGGCGAAGAUGAGGUUGCUGCCAUGAAUACCCUUACAGGAAACUUGCAUACCCUGCUUGCGGCUUUUUACAAGCCCACACAAGCCCGCUACAAGAUCCUAUUCGAAGACAAAGCGUUCCCUUCGGACUUGUAUGCGUUUCAAGGACAAGCUGAGAUGCACGGGUUAAAUCCAGAAACAGCGCUUGUUCCGCUCAAGCCCCGAGUUGGCGAGUACACACUGCGCACCGAGGACAUUUUGGCCGCCAUUGACGAGCACAAAGACUCUCUGGCUGCCGUGGUCUUUUCUGGAAUUCAAUUCUACACUGGCCAGUACUUUGACAUGGAAACAAUCACAAGCUACGCUCAUGCUGCGUCGCCGGAUAUUGUUGUGGGAUGGGACCUGGCCCAUGCCGCCGGCAAUGUCGACGUGCGAUUGCACGACUGGGGUGUCGACUUUGCAUGCUUUUGCUCAUACAAGUACUUGAAUUCCGGCCCUGGUGGUAUCGGUGGUAUUUUUGUUCAUCGCAAACAUGCCAAAGAUAAGCGAGCACGUCAGGCAGGCUGGUGGGGUAACAACGAGUCCACUCGUUUUGCUAUGCUUCCAGAUUUUGAUGCUAUUCCUGGCGCUCAAGGUUUCCGCAUGUCUAACCCUUCGGUAUUGAACACUGUUUGUCUUUACGAGUCGCUCAAACUCUUUGAAAAGGCUGGUGGUAUUGGUGUCCUGCGUGCUCGCAGCAUUAGCAUGACUACAUUUCUAUACAGACUAUUAGCCGAGUCCAAGUUUUAUGUUCCGGUGACUGAGUUUGACGAAGAUAAGAAGCCUUCUUUUACCAUCAUUACGCCUGAAGAUCCUGUGCAACGUGGUGCUCAAUUGUCACUGCUUUUUUCGCGUGAUACUAUGGAGCAUGUGUUUGAGGAGCUUGAUGCCCGUGGUAUCAUUGGUGACGAGCGCCGGCCCAGUGUCAUUCGUCUGGCGCCCAACCAUUUCUACAACACUCAUGAAGAAGUCUACCAGGUGGUCAAAGCUUUGAACGAAAUUAUGAGUGGCUUGUGA